AUGGCCCCAUGGGUGUAUUCGUGCGUCUGGGCAGAGGAAAAUGACAAGCAGAGCCGCUUUCACCUGGGAGCAUCGCUCGGGGGUUAUCGAAAUCCAGAGGGGCAGGGCAGUCGCUGGGUCAAAAUUCUGCAGCGAGCCCGUUUCGAUGUCCUUCGCGAUGAGAGAAUUGACACGGCAGGGAUAACAUUUGAGUCUACAACUUUAAUGGGUCGAGGAGGCCGUCCUAUUCCUUUUGGAAACUGCGCAGAAACCUAUCCUCUUGUGAUCAUUCUACAGAACCGUGCCCCUAGUGAGGAGGUUGUGAUAACCACCUGGGGCGGAAAUGUAGAUAACUUCAUCUCAGACAGUACUCCGAACACUGCAUUACCAAUUCUUGAGAGAGCAUCUGGAUUGAAUAUCAAUUUGCCGACCGGUGCUAAACGGCCUUCUCCAGCGGACAACAUCGCUGAACCUGCGGCGAAAAGGGCUAAAGGCUGGAAACCCGAGAUUCCUCAAAAGCCAUCUCAUUCGGCAAAAGGAAAAGGUGAACAGCAAUGA